UUUUUUUUGUUUUGCAUUAUUUUUAAACUUCUUUUUUAUUUGACAAAGUACGUUCUCUUUUGUCGUAUAUCAAAUGUAACAGUAUCACCAAAAGUUAUUUUAUUUUAUUUAAAAAAUAAAAAAUAAAAAAAUAGCCCCCCUUUUUUUAUUUUAAUUUCCUUUCUUCCUUUAUCAUAUUCUAAUGGCUUCUGUUAUUUUUCCGUUUAAAGGUAUUUACUUCUUAUUAACGCAUCCAAAGCAACUAUGGUUAAAAACGCUAAGCCCUAUUCUACUCACGAUGAUCUUCAGUGUCUUUUCUAUUGGCAUUUCUAUUAAAUUCCUUUUACCUCAACUUGUUGGAAAACUGUUAGAAUGGCACUGGCCUCAUUGGAUGUCUUGGUUCAUUUCAAUUAUAUCUACUAUAGUUGAAAGCGCUAUUUUAAACUUGAUCUUCUUUGCCAUUCUGGUCCCUAUCUUUCAAGAUGCUGUAUUUGAUGCUACACUUAGAGCGCGUGGUUUAGAUCGUAUCUUUGAUGAAGAAGAAGAGCAUGAUAUUCCCAAGUAUGUACUCUGUUGGCGUAGUUCACGAUCUAGUAUUUUAGUAACAUGGUGUUUGAUUACUGUCAAGAUUUUACUUAUGCUUUUGACUGCUCCUUUACAAUUGAUUCCAUUUGCUGGUACUGCUUUAGCUUGUACUAUUAAUGGAUGGCCUACAGCAUGGAGUCAAAGAUUGCAUUAUGAUAUCGAAUUACGUGGCUACAAGGUCUCAGAUUCUUAUCAUCAUGCACGAGAACAUGCAUGGAAUUAUGUGGGAUUUGGUAGCUUUGCUUUUGCAUUAGAACUUGUGCCCUUCUUCAACAUCAUUUUUGUUUGGUCAAAUAUUGUAAGUGCUGGUCUAUGGCUUGCAGAUGAAUAUGAAAAGGAAAUAGGGCUUGUGAUUACUAAAAAAGAAAAAGUCUCUAAAAAUAUGAAUUAUGGUGCAGUACAAGCACCCACUGUUUAUUCUGUUGAAAAUGAAAAUACGCCUUUACUCAGUAGCACAUCAUAUAAAUAAAGUUUUCAGUUAUUAUUAGUGAGUGAACAGCUUUUUUUUGUUUUUGUUUUUGUUCUUCUUUACUUUGUGAAGUUUACAGUUCAGCUUAUUUUUAAUAAGUAAAAUCGAC